GACCAGGGCCAGAGUCCCUGUCAGGUCCUGCUGCAGUGGGAGUCGUGGGGACAGCAUGCUGGCCAGGGGACUUCCUUUGCGCUCAGUCCUGGUCAAAGGCUGCCAGCCCCUCCUGAACCCUCCGCAGGAGGGCCUCGGGCACCCCAGGGUGCCCACUGGAGAGGGAGCCCGCAUCUCCACUCACGUGCCUCGCCCUAUCAGUGAGAUCCCCUCCCCUGGUGACAAUGGCUGGCUAAAUCUGUACCAUUUCUGGAGGGAGAAGGGCUCACAGAAUUUCCACUAUCACCAAGUCCAGAACUUCCAGAAAUAUGGCCCCAUUUACAGGGAGAAGCUUGGCAACAUGGAGUCAGUUUUUAUUAUUGACCCUGAAGAUGUGGCCCUUCUCUUUAAGUAUGAGGGUUCCACACCAGAACGAUAUUGCAUCCCUCCCUGGGUUGCUUAUCACCAGCAUUACCAGAGACCCAUCGGGGUCUUGUUCAAGAAGUCAGGAGCCUGGAAGAAAGACCGGCUGGCCCUGAACCAGGAGGUGAUGGCUCCAGAAGCCAUGAAGAACUUCAUCCCCCUGCUGGAAGUCGUGUCCCAGGACUUCGUCAGUCUCCUGCACAGGCGCAUCCAGCAGCAGGGCUCUGAAAAAUUCUCAGGGGACAUCAGUGAUGACCUGUUCCGCUUUGCCUUCGAGUCCAUCACCAACGUCAUAUUUGGGGAGCGCUUAGGGAUGCUGGAGGAGGUAGUGGACCCUGAGGCCCAGCGGUUCAUUGAUGCCGUCUACCAGAUGUUCCACACCAGUGUCCCCAUGCUCAUGCUGCCCCCAGACCUGUUCCGUCUGUUCAGGACCAAGACGUGGCGGGAACAUGCGGCCGCAUGGGAUGUGAUUUUCAAUAAAGCUGAAAAAUAUACCCAGAACUUCUACUUGGACCUGAGACAGAAAAGGGACUUUGACAAGUACCCGGGCAUCCUCUACCGCCUCCUGGGGAAUAACAAGCUGCUCUUUGAGGACGUCAAGGCCAAUGUCACGGAGAUGUUGGCGGGGGGCGUGGACACGACAUCCAUGACACUGCAGUGGCACUUGUACGAGAUGGCACGCAGCCUGAGGGUGCAGGAGAUGCUGCGGGAGGAGGUCCUGGCUGCCCGGCGCCAGGCCAGGGAAGACAUGGGCAAGAUGCUGCAGUUGGUCCCACUACUGAAAGCUAGCAUCAAGGAGACACUGAGACUCCACCCCAUCUCCGUGACCCUGCAGAGAUAUGUGGCAAACAACUUGGUUCUUCGAGAUUACAUGAUUCCUGCCAAGACAUUGGUGCAGGUGUCUGUCUAUGCCAUGGGCCAGGACCCCACCUUCUUCCACAAUCCGGGUAAAUUUGACCCCACCCGAUGGCUGGGUAAAAACAAGGACCUCAUCCACUUCCGGAACCUGGGCUUUGGCUGGGGCGUUAGGCAGUGUGUGGGCCGACGGAUCGCUGAGCUCGAGAUGACCCUCUUCCUCAUCCAUAUUCUAGAGAAUUUCAGAGUUGAAAUCCAACAUCUCAAUGACGUGGGCACAGCAUUCAACCUCAUCCUGAUGCCCGACCAGCCCAUCUUCUUCACUUUCCGGCCCUUCACCCAGGACCCACCCGCAGUGUGAUCAGAGAGGGUGGGGGGGGGGGAGGAAGGCCCGAGGGGUGUGGCCUGUGGAGCUACCUGUGUCCUCAGCCUGCUCCUUUCUGCCCCAGCUCAGCUGAAGCACUCCUCUUUCACUCAACUCUUCCCCUCUUCACCUACCCCAUGACGGCAAUAAAGGACUGAACUACGCGAA